AUGCAGGUUUCAUUCUCUGCUGUGGCAUUAAUUUUAGUGACUACUACACUUGGUUUUCGUUGGAGUACAAUAGGAACUACCAUCGCUGGCACUGGAUAUUCUGUGAGCCCGCUAUCUUCUCGGCUCUAUAAUCCUAGGAAGAUACGUUUUGAUUCAUCCGGUUUGCUAUAUAUUGCCGAUCAGCUCGAUCAUAGAAUUCAAGCAUGGAAAGUUGGUGAUUCAGCGGGAGCAACUGUAGCCGGUCAGGCUAAUGGAGUGGCAGGUUCUACAUCAACUGAUUUGUACAACCCUUUUAGCAGUUAUGUAGAUUCGAGUAAUAAUAUUUAUGUGGCUGAUACCUACAAUCAUCGUGUUCAGCUUUGGUCUAGUGGUGCACUAUCAGGAACAACUCUUAUUGGUACCGCAGACACCGAUAAUCAUCGAAUUAUGAGCUAUACAUCGGGUGCAUCCAGUGGUGCUGUAGUUAUUGGUGGUAAUGGACCAGGAACAGUGACCAACCAGUUGUACAGUCCACAUGGCAUUUACUUUGAUUCAUCGUCAAACAGCCUGCUAAUUGCCAACUUUGGUACCCAUACAAUCGUUCGAUGGACUAUCGGUUCCACUAGAUGGACGCUUGUUGCUGGAUCUAUUGGUUAUAGUGGUAGUACAUCAAUAACGCUGAGUGGCCCAUCAGAUGUUACACUCGAUUCGAUGGGUAACAUUUAUGUAGCUGACACAAACAAUAAUCGAGUACAGUUGUUUUUCGCUGGUCAACGAAAUGCAACAACUAUAGCUGGUGUCACAGGAACCAUUGGCAACUCAUAUACUCUACUGAAUGCGCCACGUUCAAUAGUAUUGGACCAACAAUUGAAUCUUUAUGUGUCAGACACAAGCAACCAUCGCAUACAAAUGUUCAUUCGAUAUUAA